CGGAACCUUCUGCUCGCAUCCACACGAUGGACUCUGCCUCGCUCUCCGCCGCCGUGACGGCCGAGAUCGAGCGCCAGCAGGCGGCCAUCAACUACGACGAGCUCAGCCUGGACGAGCUCAAGGUUGUCGUCGCGAGCCUGGUGGAGCGGCUGGAGCUGGCCAAGGCCGCGCUCACGUCCAAGAUGGACACGCCCAAGCUGGUGGCCGCCAAGGUCGAAGGGACCUUUCCGGACCUGCCCUGGGGAUCCCCCGUCGACGCUGAGAUGGUGCGCUCCUACCUUGAGAAGAACAUGCAGGAGCGGAUUAUGGUGAUCGACGGCGCGAUGGGCACCACCAUCCAGCAGUACAAAUUCUCCGAGGAGGACUUCCGCGGCGAGCGCUGGAAGGAUAUCGACCAGGAGCUCAAGGGCAACAACGACCUGCUCGUCUUCACGCAGCCCGACACCAUCCGCGACAUCCACCGCCGCUACUUCCUCGCGGGCGCCGACAUGGUCGAGACAAACACCUUCUCAGGGACGACGAUCGCGCAGGCGGACUACAAGAUGGAGCACAUCGUUUACGAGCUCAACAAGGUGGCCGCCGAGCUCGCCGUCGACGCCGCCAAGGAGGUGACCCAGCUGGAGCCGCACAAGCCGCGGAUGGUUUGCGGCGCAAUCGGGCCGACCAACCGGACCCUCUCCAUCUCGCCGUCGGUGGAGGACCCCGGCUUCCGCAACUGCACCUGGGACGAGGUGGUCACCGCGUACAAGGAGCAGGUCGCCGGCCUGAUCGACGGCGGCGUGCACAUCAUCCUCGUCGAGACCAUCUUCGACACGCUCAACGCCAAGGCGGCGCUGUUUGCGAUCGACGAGUACUACGAGGAGUCGGGCUGCCCGCGGCUGCCCGUCAUCAUCUCGGGCACCAUCGUCGACAUGUCCGGCCGCACGCUCUCCGGCCAGACCACCGAGGCCUUCUACGUCUCGGUGCAGCACUCGAAGCCGCUCUGCAUCGGCCUCAACUGCGCGCUCGGCGCGCCGCAGAUGCUGCCCUUCAUGCAGGCGCUCGCGGGCGUCGCCGAGUGCUUUGUGCACUCGUACCCGAACGCCGGGCUGCCCAACGCCAUGGGGGGGUACGACGACACGCCCCAGAUGUUUUCCGACGCGGUGCGCCAGUUCGCCGAGCUGGGCCUCGUCAACAUGCUCGGCGGCUGCUGCGGCACCACCCCGGAGCACAUUGCGUCGCUUGCGCAGAUGCUCGACCGCGAAAAGUUCAAGCCGCACGUGCGCAACCCGCUGUGCGACAAGAUGCGCCUCUCCGGGCUGGAGGCCAUCACCGUCGACGCGAACCUCGGCUACGUCAACAUCGGCGAGCGGUGCAACAUUGCCGGCUCGGCCAAGUUCAAGAAGCUCAUCCUCGACGGCAAGUACGACAAGGGGCUCGAGAUUGCGCUCGCGCAGGCCGAGUCGGGCGCGACGGUCAUCGACGUCAACAUGGACGAAGGCCUGCUCGACGGCGAGUACGCGAUGAAGAAGUUCCUGAACAUGCUGAUCCCCGAGCCCGACGUCUCCAAGCUGCCCAUCUGCGUCGACUCGUCAAAGUUCCACAUCGGCGUCGCGGGGCUCAAGUGCUGCCAGGGUAAGUGCAUCUUCAACUCCAUCUCGCUCAAGGAGGGCGAGGCCGCCUUCAUCAAGAACGCCAAGAUCGUCAAGCGGUUCGGCGCUGCGGUCGUCGUGAUGGCCUUCGACGAGGUGGGCCAGGCGGCCACGUACGAGGACAAGUGCCGCAUCUGCAAGCGCGCGUACGACAUCCUUGUCGGCCCCGAGGUUGAGUUCCCGCCGCACGACAUCAUCUUUGACCCCAACAUCCUCACCAUUGUCGCCGGCGUCGAGGAGCACAACAACUACGGCAAGGACUUCAUCCUCGCCACAAAGUACAUCAAGGAGAACCUGCCCGGCGCGCACAUCUCAGGCGGCGUCUCGAACCUCUCCUUCGGCUUUCGCGGGCUCACGGCGCUAGAAGCGGAAUACGGAUUUAUUGUCUCCCAACCAGCGCUCGAGAGGGCACGUAGUCAACUGCUCACGGCGCUGCGUGAGGCGAUGCACGCAAUCUUCCUGUACCACUGCAUCCAGAACGGGAUGGACUUUGGCAUCGUCAACGCGGGCGCGAUGCCCAUCUACGAGGACAUCCCGCAGCCGAUGCGCCAGUACUGCGAGGAGGUGGUCCUCAACGAGUCGGCCGACGGCGGCCACGUCGAGCGGCUGCUCAAGUUUGCCGAGGAGGAGAAGGAGCGCAAGGACGCGGGCGGCGGCAAGGUGGUGAAGAAGGACGCGGCCGAGUGGCGCAACAAGCCCAUCAAGGAGCGGCUCACCUACUCGCUCGUCAAGGGGCUCUCCGAGUUCACGGACGAGGACGUGGAGGAGGCGCGCCAGCUCUUCGCCACGCCGCUCGAGCAACUACACGCGACUAGUACGCUCCCCUUCCUCGAGGCGGAGAAGACGAAGCGCGCCGCGGAGCGCGCGGCGGCGGGGCUCGCCGAGGAGGAGGAGCAGUGCGGCAAGGGCACGGUCGUCCUCGCCACCGUCAAGGGUGACGUUCACGACAUCGGCAAGAACAUCGUCGGCGUCGUGCUCGGCUGCAACAACUUCAAGGUGAUCGACUGCGGCGUGAUGCAGCCGUGCUUCAACAUCCUCGAGGCGUGCCGCGAGAACAAGGCGCAGAUCCUCGGCCUCUCGGGCCUCAUCACGCCCUCCCUCGACGAGAUGGUCGCCGUCGCCAAGGAGAUGGAGCGGCUGGGCAUGAAGAUCCCGCUGCUCAUCGGCGGCGCCACCACGUCCAAGAUGCACACGGCGGUCAAGGUGGCGCCCAUGUACUCGGGCGUCGCGAUGCACGUGCUCGACGCGUCGCGCGCCGUCGGCGUCUGCUCCGCGCUGCUCAACCCCGACCAGCGCGAGGAGAUGGUCGAGGACGUCAACGAGCAGUACGAGGAGCUGCGCGAGGACCACUACGCCUCGCUCGCCUCGCGCAAGUUCAAGACGCUGGAGGAGGCGCGCGAGCUGGGGCUCGGCGUCAAGUGGGGCAAGGACGCGACGCCGCCGACGCCGCAGCUGGUCGGCACCAAGGUGUACGAGGACUACCCCCUCGAGGAGCUGCUGCCGUACAUCGACUGGAACCCGUUCUUCCAGGUCUGGCAGCUGCGCGGCAAGUACCCCAACCGCGGCUACCCGAAGAUCUUCAACGACGAGACGGUGGGCGAGGAGGCGAAGAAGCUGCACGCCGACGGCGAGGCGCUGAUCGCCGACAUCAUCAAGAACAAGACGCUCAAGGCGCGCGCCGUCGUCGGCAUCUGGCCGGCCAACGCGGUCGGCGACGACAUCGAGGUGUACGCGGCGGACGGCUCGGGCGCGGUGCGCGGCGUGCUGCACACGCUCCGGCAGCAGGAGGAGCGCGAGGACGACCACUACCUCGCGCUCUCCGACUUUGUCGCCACCAAGGAGUCGGGCGUCAAGGACUACGUCGGCGGCUUCGCCGUGUCGUGCGGCUUUGGGUGCGAGGAGGUCUGCUCCAAGCUGCGCGCCGAGGGCGACGACUACCAGGGCAUCAUGAUGGAGGCGGUGGCGGACCGCCUCGCCGAGGCCUUUGCCGAGCUGCUGCACCACAAGAUGCGCAAGGAGCUCUGGGGCUACGCGCCCGACGAGGCGCUCUCGGCCGACGACAUGCUCAAGGUCAAGUACCAGGGCAUCCGGCCGGCGCCCGGCUACCCGACGCAGCCCGACCACACCGAGAAGGCCUUCCUGUGGGAGCUGCUCGACGCGGAGAAGGCGACGGGCAUCACGAUGACCGACUCGUUUGCCAUGCUGCCCGCCGCAUCGGUCUCCGCCGUCAUCUUUGCCAACCCGUGCUCCACCUACUUCCAGGUCGGCAAGGUCUGCAAGGACCAGAUCACCGACUACGCCAGCCGCAAGGGGAUGAGCAUGGAGGAGGCGGAGCGGUGGAUGGGCCCCUACCUCGCCUACGACCCCGCGGCGUGACCGCGUGAGCGUAGAGCGACCGCCGCGGUCGCUCCGCCGCGAUCGCCGCCGCUCGAGCGAAUCCCUCUUAGCUGCUGCACACACUGCUAGACUUAUGGCGCACACACCACCUGUACUGCCCCUGUACGAAUGGAGUUAUUGCUUUAAAAUUUGUUAAAAAAUUUUGCGAACU